GUGAGCCGUUACCGCGUAUCUGAUCGGGCAGUUCGGUCUUCGCCGAAUGCUCUUUCUUGGGGGACCUAGAGGACGCUAUCGGGGAUGAGGGGGGAACUCCGAUAAGUGGAACCUCUUGGCGUCAGCGCCUCGUGAUCACCAGCUAACCGGACACAGGCCGGUCGCCCGCUUCAUUUACGUGGGUGGACGACUUCGGGGGUAUAUGUCUUCGAGACUCCCGCGACUCCAGCGCGGGUGUACUUUCACCAGGCACUGUGUGGAGGGCCCAUGUCCCGUACCUUCUGGGGUUUGUGUCCUCCAGACCUUGAGUCUUCAAUGAUAUGUGUCCUGAAAAAUCUGCGUCUUCUAGGACCUGCGUACUCAAGAACCUGCGUCUUCUAGGGCAACUGUUCGCAAAAACUUGUGUCAUCUAGGACCUGUCACCUUAAGAAACUGUGUCUUCUAAGACCUGUGUCCUCAAACACCUGCAUCUUCUAUCGCCGGUAUCCUUCAGAGAUCGAAGGAGACGUCAGCGUCCGUCGAACGAGCGCCUGGUGACAUGGCGGCGACGUGAUACAUGGCCAUACGGCCAAGUGUGAAAAGGUUCGCCCAAGUGUGACACGAAUGCGGCGCUGAGGCAAGGCAGCCUGCGAGCCCCCUCCUCCCGGGCGCCCCUCUCUCGGGCGGCGCGUCCAAUCGGAAGCCUUCGUCUUGGCGUGAUGUCAUCGGAGGAAGACUCGGCCGGCGAGAGCCUCAGCUUCGCCCGAGCGAAGGCCAAGAGAGCACGGCAGCCCCGCGUCGACGCCGGAGAACCACGCGCGUCCAGCAACGGAGCCGCCAGCAGCUGCGCCAGCGCGGCCUCGUCCCUGGACCUGAGGUCGCCGCUCCGCAAUGGCUUCAUGAGUGACGAGCUGGCCGAAGCAGAGCGCGGGGCGCACCUCCUGCGAGACAUCUUGCAGCGACGUCGCGAAGACGUCGACCAGGACGACGACGAGGAGGAGGACGACGAGGAGGACGGGGCCCGCGGCGAGACGCCCCCCGCGGGCAUGGAGGGCUCCAGGGCCUCGGACGACGAGGCUGACGCCAAGCGCGCCCGCGUCGAGAACAUCGUGUCCAACAUGCUCCGGGGCGGUGGGGACACCGGCUCGGUCGCCUCGGUGCCCACCGUCAACGGCUGCAAGAAGCGCAAGCUGUACCAGCCCCAGCAGGCGCUGUCCGGGCCCGACGAAGACACCAAGCUGCGGCGCACGGACCGCGAGGCCUUCCGGCAGGACCUUCUCAGGCUCAAGAGCGAGGUGGCCACUAUGCAGCAGCGCUACGACGAGAUGCGCUCCGAGGACGAAGACAUGGACGACGCCGUGUCCGAAGACUCUGUCACCGCUGCCGUCGACGAUGACGGCCGGGAGACGCUGCUCACAACGCCCCCGUCCGAGUUGUCCACGGACGCGCCCAGGUCCUCCCCGCUGCGCGACAUCAAGCCCCCCGUGCGCGACGUGGAAAGUUCGCCCGAGCCCCGCAACGAGUCCCCGUCCCGUCUCGCCGAAGUGCGACAGUCGUGUAUCGUGCGCCCGGUGCCUCCGGCCGUCAUGUGCCAGCAGCAAGACAUGGACCGACUGGUGUCGGCCAUCAAGCACGAGGUGACCGACAUCCUGCCGCGCGUCAUCGACGGCAUCGUGUGGCGCUUCGUGCGGCAGCAGGACGCCCUCCCGACACCCACCACCGUGGCCCGCCGGCUGGACGGCGCGCCGCCCUGCCGGGACGACCAACGGAGCCUGCUCACUCAGAUGCUGGACCGCAAGUCCCCCCGAACCAAGGUGUUGGACAGGAGCAGGCACAACGGCCACGGGCCCCGGAGUUCCCCUGGCGAGUCCCACCACCACCGCCCCUUCUUCCCCGGCGGCACGUCUACCCCUCUGCGGAGCGGCGUCCUCCGGGGCACCCCCCCGGCCUUCCCGGAACCGGCCCCCGAGCAAACGGAGGCCAUGUCCCUGGUGGUCGCCACCCGAAAGAAGAGGCAUAAGGUCACGGACACGCGGCUGGCGCCCCGGGCCGGCGAGGCGUGCAGCCCGCCCAAGGAGUCGCCGGGGUUCCCGCCGCCGCCGCUCGUCCCUGUGUCUCUGCCCACGACGGUGGCCAUCCCGAACCCGAGCCUGCACCAGGCGCCGGACGUCUUCUACCACGUGGACCAGCAGCACGCGGCCAGGCUGUUCGAGGAGCACCCCGGCUCCGCGGCGGCGGGACCGCCGCCGCCCCCGCCGGGGUUGCCGCUCAUGCUGUCGCACUCGCCGCACGAUGGUCCGCCGCACUACGGCGUCGUGCCGUCCAGGUCUCCGCCUCAGGACGACUCGGUCAACGGGGACAGCCAGGGUGGAUACGACUCCAGCAUGGCCAUGAUCUCCUUCCUCAAAACGCCAAAAGCUGCUCGCCACGUGGAAACGAACGAGGAACUCGACAAGGAGACUCAUUUCUCCGGGAGAAGGCAUUGGUACCUGAACGGCGCCGGCGGGCCGUCGUCGCACCCCGGCGGGGGUCCUCUGACCCCCGGCCAGGGUCCCCCGCCCCACGGGGGCAGCCGCGACAACUCGUCGGCGGCGUCGGACUCGCCGGGCUACAAGUCCCUGUGUGGCGGCGGUGGCGGCGGUGGCGGCGGUUACACCAGCACCCUCACGCCCAUGCACCUGCGGAAGGCCAAGCUCAUGUUCUUCUACGUGCGGUACCCGAGCUCGGCCAUUCUCAAGAUGUACUUCCCGGACAUCAACUUCAACAAGAACAACACCGCGCAGCUCGUUAAGUGGUUCUCCAACUUUCGGGAGUUCUACUACAUCCAGAUGGAGAAGUACGCCCGUCAGUCAGUCAGCGAAGGAGUCAAGAACGUUGAGGAGUUGAAAGUGAGCGCAGACUCGGAACUCCUCAGGGUCCUCAAUCUCCAUUACAACAGGAACAACCACAUCGAGGUGCCCGAGAACUUCCGCUACGUGGUGGAACAGACUCUACGCGAGUUUUUCCGCGCCAUCGUUGCCGGCAAGGACCAGGAGCAGUCGUGGAAGAAGGCCAUCUACAAGGUUAUCGCCCGUCUGGACGACAACGUGCCCGAGUACUUCAAGUCUCCAAACUUCCUCGAGCAGCUCGAGUGACGCCGAGCCCCUGCCUUGGACCUGCUGGCUCUCCAGCCGCCCUGGUGGCGUCUGGCCGCCGCACCCCUCAGGGACCCCUCGGCCUGGUCACGGCCCUGGUGCAUCUGAGGGGCUGGUUCGAAGCUCUCUGUCUUCAUCGAGGCUGACUUCCACGAGGACUGGACCCGCGAGACUCCUCGAGGGCCGCCGUCGGGACUGCGCUGGUGAUCUGCGACCACGCUGAGCCUGCGGCGCGCCACCAGGACGCUCCUGGAAGGCGCCACGGUCUAGGACGGGACGCUGCGUGCCAGCCGGACCUCGCUUAGACCGCUCCCGCCAGCUGGCCAUUUCCCAGAUGACUGCGCCACUCCUUCCGAAACCUGGAAGGACGAAGACUUUGGCGCUUGAACUGGAUGACGCGAGCUCCUGGUACCCGCUGCGGAUAGUAGCAGAAGACAACAGAUGUCGACGAGAAGGUGGUCGCGUACCGUGGCACAGUGCUAGUUCAGCUACUGUACAUCGUGGGAGGUCAACCUGAGUUGAUCUGGGUUCGCAAGUGGAUGAUGUACGCGUUCUGAACCACGGAGGUUAUGGCACGCGACAUCAUCUCGAAACCCUCGAUGCGACGGUUUGGUCCACACUGGUGCUGGAACGCCGUGGACUCGACCGCAUCGAGGAUGCUCUGGCCGGUGUCCACGCAGCGAGUGACGGUGCAGCAACUGCAUCGGUGUCACAGCAUGAGGAACCGCACCAGGACCCGCGUUGACUGACUUCCUGGAUGUGCUUGUGGACAGCCGUGUGCAGACGGGGCCCAGACGGAUGAACUGGAGUGCACAAAGAAUGGCUGCUGACCGUGAGAGGAGGUAGGAUCUGUAUGACAACGUUGCUGCACAAAUUUGUUCCCUGUUGUUCCGAACUGUACGCUCGGGACGCGCAACAACCCAUGAAUCUUGUACAUAGACCGACGCGUUGAUUUUCGCAAAGCGACUUUGAUGGCAUGCGCUAUUAUUAUUAUUAUUAUUUUAUCAUUAUUAUAUUAUUAAUAUUAUUAUUAUACACAGGCAGCAUUCCACCAA